GGACACGCACGCUCUACUAGAGUCACCGGUCCCUACGGGAUGCCCUUGUAUUCCAGACGCCGCCGCCGCCGCAUUGCGUUGUCUGCGCAACUCUCUUGUGCGAGAGCUACCGACCUAGCGCUGGAAGGAAGUCCAAAUGGAGCUUCAUCUCACCACCACCCUCCCGCCGCUCUCCACGCCGCGCCCUUCGCCGUCGCUUCGGCUACUUGCUUCUCAACACGCCUCGAUCAGGAAUCAAACUUAUUCAGCGCCAUGGCCACCUCUUUCUUCCAAAGCCAAUAGUGCGAUACGAUGCCAAGCUUCUCUAGCAACUAACUACAUAGAAACUUCUGCCGUGGCUGAUUUGGACUGGGAGAACCUUGGUUUUGGACUUGUCCAUACUGAUUUUAUGUAUAUUGCAGAAUGUGGGCUAGAUGGGAACUUUUCCAAAGGGGAAGUGGUACCAUUUGGACCUAUAGAGCUGAGCCCAUCUGCUGGAGUCUUAAAUUAUGGGCAGGGAUUGUUUGAGGGCCUAAAGGCAUAUAGAAAAACGGAUGGAGCCAUUCUACUAUUUCGUCCAGAGGAGAAUGCCUCAAGGAUGAGAGAUGGUGCAGAGAGGAUGUGCAUGCCUGCACCAACUGUUGAACAAUUUGUGGAUGCAAUAAAGCAAACCGUUUUGGCAAAUAAAAGAUGGGUGCCCCCAACCGGUAAAGGCUCCCUGUAUAUAAGGCCGCUGCUUAUGGGAAGUGGAGCUGUCCUUGGUCUUGCACCUGCUCCUGAGUAUACCUUUAUGAUUUUUGUCUCCCCUGUUGGGAACUAUUUCAAGGAAGGUUUAGCUCCUAUUAACUUGAUUAUAGAAGAUAACUUUCACCGGGCUGCUCCUGGUGGAACUGGAGGCGUGAAAACCAUUGGAAACUAUGCCUCGGUAUUGAAAGCACAAAGGAUUGCGAAGGAGAAAGGAUAUUCAGAUGUCCUCUAUUUAGAUGCUGUCAACAACAAAUAUCUGGAAGAAGUGUCUUCAUGCAAUAUUUUUGUUGUGAAAGGUAAUGUUAUUUCUACUCCAGCAAUAAAAGGAACAAUACUGCCUGGUAUAACAAGGAAAAGUAUUGUUGAGGUUGCUCAGAGAAAAGGCUUCAAGGUUGAGGAGCGCCUUGUGUCAGUAGAUGAUUUGCUUGAAGCUGAUGAAGUUUUCUGCACGGGAACAGCUGUUGUGGUGUCCCCUGUGGGGUGCAUUACUUAUCUGGGGAAAAGGGUAGAAUAUGGCAACCAAGGAGUCGGCGUGGUGUCUCAGCAGCUGUAUACUUCACUUACAAGCCUCCAGAUGGGUCAUGUGGAGGAUUGCAUGGGCUGGACUGUGGAACUUAAUCAGUGAUACAUCAUCGUCGAUCUCAUCUUCACAGAUUGGUAGCAGGAUCAUCGUGUUGGCGCCAUCUGAUCAUCUUGUUUGUGUUUAUGAUCAGAGUUAAAUUCUGCAGUCCUGGGGUUCCUGAAUUCUGAUCCCAACAACACUAGCACUACAAAGUAGUAAAACGAAUAAAUAAAAUGCUGCAGUAGCGCAGGGUUUGUAUGGUUGUAUCAAGUGAUGCCGUAAAAUAAAAACCCGGGUGGUUGUUUUUCUUUUCUUUUAUAAAUUUUGUGUUGCUUUGAGUCGUACACCGUACUAAUUUCUGAAGCUAAUAGUAAUGCUCUUCU